AUGUUGGUUUCAAAAGCUGUGAGUGUCAAACAGAAAAAUGGGAAUAAAAGCAUUACUCAAGAAAGAUGUGAUCCUUCUUCAAAUGUUAAGACCUUGGUUGGAGGCAGUGUUGCACACACGGUUCAAGGGCUUAGUGAGUUUGGGAUUUCUAGUGAAACUAUUGGACUUGUGGGGAUGAUAACCAAAAAAGAUGAGACAACAAAACUCCUAAGGAGUUAA